UUUGGACCAUGGGGCGGGAGCACAACAUCCAAGGGAUUGAUAAGCGGAAAAAAGAAUAAAUCCACCGUUUGGUUAUCCGAAAAAGAUCAAGCAAAUGUGAUCAACGGCUGAUCUUAAAGAGAAAAAGUGGUGACCGAAGGAAAGGCAAGGAUGCUAGAGUGUCGGCGAGCAUAUGACAAGGGUACUACCAAAGAAAUAACACGUGGCAUUCAGUAACCUCUACAGGUGUACCCACUUUAAGCGUCGGCAUAAAAAAUUAGGGGUUCAGUUUUGUUUAGUCUUUUUUUUAGUGAAACAGAAAUUAAUUAAUUAUUUCAUGGUUAAGUAGUUAAUUUGGUAACAGCUGCUCCCUUUGGCCCAUCCCUCCUUUGCUCAACACGUUUCAAUGGCUCUCCUCUCUCUCUCCUCUCUCUCUCCUCUUCCUCCGCCAUGUUCUUCUUCUCUGCAACUUCACACCCGAAUCUCUUUAUCUCCUUCCAAGAUCGGAGCUUCUUCGUCUUCGUCGACUUCGCAAGUGAUUAAAAACACUCCUUCAAAUCUGAAAGUCGUCGUCACCAGAGAACGAGGCAAAAACGCCAAGCUCAUUAACGCUCUGGCCGAACAUGGGAUCAAUUGCUUGGAGCUUCCCCUCAUUCAGCAUACACAAGGGCCUGACUUGGAUAGGCUAUCCUCUGUUUUAAGUGAAAGGACAUUUGAUUGGAUUGUCAUAACUUCGCCUGAAGCCGGUUCGGUCUUUCUAGAGGCAUGGAAGGCAGCUGGAACCCCAAGUGUUAGGAUAGGCGUUGUUGGAGUUGGUACAGCAAGUAUUUUUGAGAAUUUAAUGCAAUCAUCAAAGCAAUCGCUCGAUGUUGCUUUUGCACCAUCAAAAGCAACAGGCAAAGUUUUGGCUUCAGAGCUUCCAAAGGAUGGGAACAAAAGGUGCACAGUCUUAUAUCCUGCUUCUGUAAAGGCUAGUAAUGAGAUUGAAGAAGGCCUCUCUAAUCGUGGAUUUCAGGUUGUGAGACUGAAUACAUACACAACUGUACCUGUUGAUCAUGUUGACCAAAUAGUCUUGGAAGAGGCCCUAUCUGCCCCGGUUGUUGCUGUUGCUUCACCAUCUGCAGUUCGAGCCUGGGUCAAUCUUAUUUCAGAACCUGAUUCUUGGAGCAAUUCAAUUGCCUGUAUUGGCGAGACAACUGCCUCAGCUGCAAAAAGAUUGGGACUGAAAAAUGUAUAUUUUCCGACAAAGCCUGGACUUGAUGGCUGGGUUGGUAGCAUCCUUGAAGCCUUAAGAGCUUAUGACAGUUUUUAGGAAUGAAAGUUACUAAGGCUCCUUUGGAAGGCUGAAGAGAGGGUGAAGACCACAAGCCUUCCAAUUUCCGUGUGAAGCGCAGAGCACCAAAGUGAAUAAAGUUUUUCCAAGUCAUAGGAUGGGAAUUUGUUGAAAACUGAGCAUUUUGAAGGUGCAUAUUCUAUUGGCAGCACUCUAAUUGGAGGUUAGUCAGAGGCUAUUCAUUCAACUUGUACAUAAUUUUUCUUACCGUAAGCCCAUUUAUUCUACUCAAUGUCAGUUGUGUUGAAAUUGAAUUGCGGCACUGCGACUCCAUGAAAGCUGAUAAGCAGUAGGAGACUUUAUCAAUUCAAGGUGUAAUAAAAGUUAGUGUGCCUUUUAUGUUGUAGUAUGACAUUUUUGUACGUUUAAGCUGAGAAUAAAAAUCACUUUAAAGUAAGAACCUUUGUGCUAAAAUUGCAAUCU